CCUCAAAACCCUAAAGCUUUUCUUCUUACUUCCGCAAACAAAGCUUUUGGCUCUCACACAAACACCAGCUCUGUAGUUGCCUCUCACUAGCAGUGAACAGAUCUGUGAAGAUGUACACGUCGAAGCAAAAGAUUCACAAAGAUAAAGAUGCUGAACCUUCUGAGUUUGAAGUGUCUGUUGCACAGGCUUUCUUUGAUUUGGAAAACACCAACCAAGAGCUGAAAAGUGAAUUGAAGGACCUAUACAUCAAUUCAGCAACUCAAAUUGAUGUGUCAGGAAACAGGAAGGCUGUUGUUAUCCAUGUUCCCUACAGACUGAGGAAAGCUUUCCGCAAGGUUCAUGUUCGCCUUGUUAGGGAGUUGGAGAAGAAAUUCAGUGGCAAGGAUGUGAUCUUUAUUGCCACCAGGAGGAUAGUGAGACCUCCUAAGAGAGGUUCAGCUGCUCAACGACCCCGCACCAGAACUCUUACAUCUGUUCAUGAUGCCAUAUUGGAGGACUUGGUUGUCCCUGCGGAGAUUGUUGGGAAGCGUACUAGGUAUCGCGUUGAUGGCUCCAAGAUAAUGAAGGUGUACUUGGACCCCAAGGAACGAAACAACACAGAGUAUAAGUUGGAGACCUUUUCAGCAGUUUACAGAAAGCUUUCAGGCAAAGAUGUGGUGUUUGAGUACCCCAUCACUGAGGCUUAAGUUAAUGUAAUGCAUGUCCUCGUCUAUUUGAUGUGAAACUACACAUUAGCGGUUCCUCCUUUGAAAUUUUGGCAGUUACAUUUUGUUUUAGAAUGCAGGGAACUGUGUGAAAUUCCUAUCAAUUUUAAGUUAAAACCAUGUUGCUAUGUCAUAGAUUUCGAGUUUGUUUAUUGAAA